CAUAAAACGGAACCCGUCUGGGCGAAACCCUGCUUCUCCCAUUUAUUGGUGGUCCCUCGGGGUGGUGCCUCGCCUCGCCGAGGAGAAGAGCAUGCCGGGAGUUGUAGUUCCGGGUUCGGUUGCUAUGGCGUUCGUCACCGCCUCCCCUGCGGUAUGACGGGCAGUCUGGCCAAUGGCAGUACUGUUUGGGCCCGAGAGGGCGGGCUCUCUGCAGAAGGACUGGGAAGGUGGCGGAGGCGGCGGCGAAGGCGCUGGCGGUUGAGGUUGCUCGGAAGCAGGUAACUAUGAAGGGCUUGUAUUUUCAACAGAGUUCCGCAAAUGAAGGAAUAACAUUUCUAUUUCAAGAAAGGGAGAAUCUCCCUGUUACAGAGGAUAACUUUGUGAAACUUCAAGUUAAAGCUUGCGCUCUGAGCCAGAUAAACACAAAGCUUCUGGCAGAAAUGAAGAUGGAAAAAGAUUUCUUCCCUGUUGGAAGAGAAGUUGCUGGAAUUGUAUUAGAUGUUGGCAGUAAGGUAUCAUUCUUUCAACCAGAUGAUGAAGUAGUCGGAAUUUUGCCGUUGGAUUCAGAAGACCCUGGGCUCUGUGAAAUUAUUCGAGUACAUGAGCAUUACCUGGUUCAUAAACCAGAGAAGGUUUCGUGGACGGCAGCCGCCGGAGCCGUUCGGGACGGUGUGCGAGCCUGCACAGCUCUAUAUUACCUUUCUCACGUCUCUCCCGGAAAGUCCGUGCUGAUCAUGGAUGGAGCAAGCGCAUUUGGCACAAUAGCCAUUCAGUUAGCACACCAUAGAGGAGCCAAGGUGAUUUCAACAGCACGCAGCCUGGAAGACAAGCAGCAUCUUGAAAGGAUUAGGCCUUCUCUAGUAGGUGAAACGUGCGGGCCAUGGUGGAGGCUGGCAGCCUCUCAACAGACUGAACUUGUCCUCAGACCAAGAUGGCGGCUGGAGGAAAGCGGGCAACGAGAACAGGGAGAGGUUGGAGUGGAGAGAGAAGCGGCCCGCGUGAUUGAUGUCUCUAAUGGGAAAGUCCAUGUUGCUGAAAGCUGUUUGGAGGAAACAGGUGGCCUAGGAGUAGAUAUUGUCAUAGAUGCAGGAGUGAGGCUGUACAGUAAAGAUGAGGAACCAGCUGUAAAGUCACAACUGCCACAUAAGCACGAUGUCAUCACACUUCUUGGUGUUGGAGGCCACUGGGUAACAACAGAAGAAAACCUGCAGUUGGACCCUCCAGACAGCCACUGCCUUUUCCUCAAGGGGGCAACGGUGGCUUUCCUUAAUGAGGAAGUUUGGAAUUUGUCAAAUGCACACCAGGGGAAAUACCUUUGCAUCUUAAGAGACGUGAUGGAGAAGUUAUCGGCUGGUAUCUUCAGACCGAUACUUGAUGAGCCCAUUCCACUGUCUGAGGCAAAAGCUGCCAUGGAAGUUGUUCAGAAAAAUCAAGAAAGAAAAAAGCAAGUUGUUCAAUUUUAAUUUUCUUUCCCAGACCUCAGUUGGACGCACCCAUGCCAGUAUAUGAAGCCAGUUUUCUUUGGAAAUUGUUGAGAAAAUCAAGGAAGAUGAGAAACAACUUUUUUCUAUUUUUAAGCCUGUUUUCCUGCCAUAGUAAGACGUUUGGUUAUUUGACAUAUUUGAAAAAUUAAUAUGCAAACAAUCCAGAUUAAUUUUUUUUUACAUCUUGAAGGGGAUAUUCCAAAAACCUUUUUUUUUUUGUUAUUGUAUCUAUGCAUUUUGCCUCUGCUAUAAAAUUCUUUCCAUAAAGAAAACUGCUUUCGGCCAAAGCCACACUGUCCUAUCACAGCAUCCGCCACCAGCUUUUGCUCUAGCAUGAAAUGUCAUUUGAUUUUCUAUCAGCUCCAUUCUCAACUCCUUCCUUAACAAGCCUUUAUUUUAGCA